AGUAGUCGAACGACUGACACGAGCAAACAACAGCAGCGCGCGCCUGCAACGAACAAAAUCCAAUACAAGGUGCGUAGUGCUGGACAUCGUACAUCAACUUUUAAUAGUGCAUAGUGGUCUAUAGCGAAGCUUGCUGCUCGGAAAACAUGUCGAUAGUACCAAUGAUGUUCCGUGACUGGUGGGACGAGUGGGAGCGCCCCUCGCGCCUCCUGGACCAGCACUUCGGCAUGGGGCUGAAGAGAGACGAACUGCUGUCCUCCCUAUCCUCCUUCCCUUCCACUUCACUCUUCAGGAAUUCAUACUUCAGGCCGUGGAGGACCACCCUCGCGCGCCAAGAGUCCGCUUCCACCAUCAACCUGACUAAGGAGAAAUUUGAAGUCAUCCUAGACGUACAGCAAUUUGCUCCAGAGGAGAUCACAGUGAAGGCGUCAAACAACAGCGUCCUCGUCGAAGGCAAGCACGAGGAGAAACCAGACGAGCACGGCUUCAUCUCGCGCCAGUUCACGCGCAGAUACAUCCUGCCUUCAGGCUACGAGAUUGCGGACCUCGUCAGCACUCUCUCCUCAGACGGAGUCCUCACAAUCACAGCUCCGAAACGUGCCCCGCCCAAUGCUGGAGAAAGGAUCGUUCCCAUCACGAAGACAGGACCUGCGAAGCAAGCUGAGCCUGCCAAGCCCAGCUCGGAGCAGCCCCGCGAACAGACGGUGCCUAUCGUCACUUCCCCCUAAACUAUCCUGAGGUCACAGCCUCGUGCAAUGCACAACGAUCGAAACAUAAAUAGCAUUUAUUUAAGCCCGUCGUUGGCCAACGACGAGCAACGAUUCGAAAUGAACGAAUUAGGUUUUAUAAAGAGGAAUGCAAAACAUCAUUAUUUAUAAAUUAAUAAAUGAUAUACUAAUUCA